UUAGAGAAGGGGAACGAGACGGGGAUCUAGAGGAACCGAUUCCACUAGUCUUCAUUCUGCUUUACCCAAUCAGAAGCCGAUUUGCAAGAUCUUCAUCUCCAUACCCUCAUCAGCAGCAUCUGAUCUCUUUAUCUCUUUACUUCCUCCUCCUCCUCAUCCAUGGCCGAUCAAUCUAGACCGCCGGUCACCGGUUAUCCCGCUGCAUCCGGCUACCCACCUCCACCACCACCCCAAACCAGCAAUCAAAACGGCCACUCAAACGCCGGCACAGCUUAUCCGUACGCCGCACCGCUACACACCCAGCAGAACCCAGCUUACUACAAUCCAAACCCUUAUUAUAAUACCCAGCCAUACGACGACCACAGAGCCCUAUUUCUCCGCCGCGUUUUCACCAUCGUAGUCGCCGCAUUUAUAAUCGCUGGCUCUAUCGCGUUCAUAAUCUGGCUGAUUCUACGUCCUCAGCUCCCUGAUGUCCGGAUCGACUCAUUAUCUGUCACCAAUUUAAAUCUAUCUUCCUCUCCCUCGUCUUCCAUCAGCGGUAACUGGGAUGUCCGGUUUACAUUCCGAAACCCUAACGGGAAAAUCACUUUAUAUUACGACCGAAUCGAGGGAUACGUCUAUUAUCAGAGGGUGUCUCUUUCGGAGACGACAGUGCCGCCUUUUUUCCAAGGGAAGAGGGACGAAUCGCCGGCGCGGGCAACAUUUGCGGCAUCUUCAGCUUUCAUUGAGAAACCUGUUUCAGAUGGUAUGAUUGAGGAUAAAGGGCGAGGAGCUGUAACUUUCAAUGUGAGAUUAUCAACUCGUGUUCAGUUCAAGGCUGGAUUGUGGUGGACGAGGAGGCGGUUUGUUAGGGUUUAUUGCGGCGAUCUGAGAGUUGGGUUUUCAUCGAAUAGCAGCAGCAAUGAAGGGAAUUUGACAAGUGGAGCUAGGGAAUGCAAAGUGGGUCUGUAAGUUUGAUUGAUUGUUUGUUUGUCUGUUGAAUUUGUUCUGAUAAUAUAUGACCUAGGUAAAGCUUACUAAUUGAAGUGAAGUGAAGUGAAGUUCCUAUUCUAUGGGAAAUGAAAAGUAUGUUAUGAGAUUUCAUAAGGGGAUAGGUUUAGUUCUUUGAUAUCACAGUUUUGUUUGCUUGUUUUGCUAAUGGAAGAAAUUGAGCUGUUUUUGUGUUGUGAAGAUCUAUCUAUAUAUAAACAAACCAUUCACGGAUUCUUGUCUGAAAUUAAUUAGACUUCAUUCUGAA